CCAUAUUUUAAUAUAAUCGGAUGCGUGGAACAUCAGUUCGUUCAAUUUUUAAUUAUUCGUGGCACAUUUAAUUUGUUUUUUACUCCAUUUCAUUUUAAAAUUUUUAUUUUAAUUCUUACUCAGCAAGACUAAUUGAAAAUUCAAAAAAAAAAUAAAUUGUAAAUUUUUAAAGACUUGCAAAUUAAAUGAAAAGACUUAAGAAGAAACGCUUUUGAAAGCAAACAUUUGUAGACGUGCCUAAAUUUUCUAAAAUAAGUAAAAGACUAACAUCUUCUAGACAGUAAUAAGUGUAUAAAAAAAAAACAAGAAGACAAAAAAAUCGAAAGACUAAAGCGAAAAAAUAUCAAGUAAGACAGUAGCAGACGAUUUUUGAAAACAUUAUUAAGAUGGCGUUUUGUGUACUGAGACAAUUGGCAAAAACUCCUAUCGCUACAAGAGAACGCAUUGCACUUUUAGCUCCAGCUGCAGUAAGCUUGAUGUGGAAAGGAAAUUCUUUUUCCACAUCACUUAAUGUGCAAUGCUCCAACAAAAACAAUCCAGUUAACAAAUCAAAUAUCUUUGAUCAAGCACGAGCCUACUCAAAGGAAAAUAUCAAGCAAAAUGCUCGAAAAUAUGUUAGCGACAGCGACUCUGAUUCUGAUUCAGAUGCAGAAAGGCGCAAAAAGAAAGAUGCCUACACAAGCAAAUUUUGGAGACAAAAGAUGAGAACAUUACAUGGAAUAUUCGAUGUCAACAACGAUGGCGUGAUUUCAUUUGAUGACUUUAAAUGUUUGGCUAAUAAUUUUGGAGAUUUAGGACAUUUAUCGAGAGAAGAAAUGAUCGAAUUUAUCGAAGUUUUACGUAUAACUUGGGAGACAAAUUUCGGUGAAAUAGAUCCUUAUAAUUUGGUAUCUGUAGAACAAUACCUCACCGAAAUGUAUCAUGCGAUGACGGACAAAGAUUUGAGAAAAAAGGUCCACAAAUUCCUGCCUUACCUAUUUCAAGCAGUUGAUAAAGAUCAUUCUGGUGAAAUAUCAAUUGAAGAAUUUAAAUUGUUCUUUAAAUGUCUUGGCUUGACAGAACGAGAUGCACAAGUAUCAUUUGCUGCUAUCGAUAAAAAUAACGAUGGAGUUUUAUCUAUCAAAGAAUUUGUUAAAUUAGGACGCGACUAUUUCUUAACAGAAAACCCUAAACGAGUUUCGAAAAAUUUCUGGGGACCAUUAGCUUCUGACCACUAAGAACUCUUUGUUAAUAACUAUAGAAUAUUUUAUUGAAGGAUUUAUAAAUCAUCAUCACUGUUUAAUAUGCAGUGAACUCAUUUUUUAUGCUUGAUAUUUUUUUAUUUCUUUCGUUUUUUA